AUGGCGGCAACGAGUUCACAAGGUGAACCUAAAAAUAUACCCAGUACGUUGUCUCGUCAAGCGGAAGAAAGUCUUACCGCUCAAAUAGAUGAAUUAUUUGAGUCGUUACUUCCUACCAAAGAAAGCGAAACAAUAAGGAAACAAUUCGUCGAAAAAAUCGACAAGAUACUGAACGAAGAAUGGCCUGGGCAUGAAAUAAAGGUUCAUUUAUUUGGUUCUUCGGUUAACCUUCUCGGAACCACAACUUCCGAUGUAGAUAUAUGCGUUACAACUCCAUGGACGGGGUUGAAAAAUGUUUACGUCCUUGCGAAAGGACUUAGGAAACACGGAAUGCAAAAGAUAUUCUGUGUUCCAAAGGCAAAAGUCCCAAUAGUUCGACUAUGGGAUCCUGAAUUCAUUGACUUACGAGUAAGAAAAUUAGUAAUGAUAAUAAAAUAUUGGGCUCAACGAAGGAUUUUAAACGACGCAGCGAAAGGAGGUACCAUUUCAACUUAUACAUGGACUUGUAUGGUUCUUAACUUUUUACAAAUGCGGGAUCCCCCGAUAUUACCUGUUCUUCAUCAAAUCCCUUCCAACCGAGAACCGGUAAUAGUUAAUGGGAUAGAUGUAACAUUUUAUGAUGAUAUUUCAUUGCUUCGAAAGUUUGGUGAGACAAACACGGAGUCAGUAGUUAUCUCGCUUCGCCAAGGAAAAUUCCUCACGAAAGAGGAAAAAGGUUGGGGUGAAACAGGAAGAGGUUGGAGACUUCUCAGUGUUGAAGAACCAUUCAAUAUAUCUAGGAACUUAGGUAAUAGUGCUGAUGACACGAGUGUACAAGGGAUCAUCGGUGAAUUUCAACGUGCAUAUAAUAUUCUUUACGAAAAGUCAAGUUUAGAGAUUGUUUGCCAACAGUAUGUCUUCCCGGUUCAACAACAAAGGCUAACCCCUACCCAUUUCCCUUACCGUCAGCAAUUGCAAAGACUGAAGUAUCGAUCACAAGAGACUCAAACCAAUGACUCAGUCACGAAAUUCACACUCUGUAAUCACCAGUCACAGCAGCAACAGCAACUGCAGAUAUCACAUCAAAAUGGAUCAGAGAACGUCAAGAAUAUGUCAAACUAUAAUAAUAAUCAGAAGCAGCAACAAUCACAAAUUUCACACGAUAAUGAUCUAGAGAAUGUUAAGAAUCGACAGAAUAUCACAUCAUCACGAUUCAGAGACCAACAAGAACCGUCAGAAUUAUAA